CAAGAAUUCACUGCCAUGGCCUCAGUCUCAGAUAGAUCUUCAGGUGAAUGAUGGGAUGGGCCCAUCUUCUGAUGCGGCACAGUAUGAAAUCUGCUUUGGAGAUAUACGUCGUCUAUUCCUUAUAGAAUACAAUUCGAGACUAAUUUGAAGGCAUCAAUUAGAUCUGGACCGGUUCCUAUAUCCAACGCCCCCUCUUGGAGGAAGCUAAGACGAGGGACUACCUUGCCCUCACUGUCCGCCUGGAGGGCUGUUGUGUCAUGUUGACUGAUCAAGGAAACACAAGAUAUGCAGGGCUGCUCCAGGAAGAAACAGGGGGAAAGCUCAACAGACUCUCCGGAAAUCUGUCCCUAAGCUUCAAGGCGGUUGUUCCGAUGAAUAUACGGGAGGGCGAUCUCAUGGAGUAUCUACCGACAGGCAUGAAUCGGGUGUACAUCACAGUGUAUGGAUUCUUAAAGGAUGGUGACUUGGUCUGUGAAGUGUUUGAUCCUUUGGAUCUAAUGCUACAACCCCCACGUUACUACGACGACUCAUUGCCCUACUUCAACCCACUUGUAUCCAUCUAUGGGACCCGUUACGACCGGGACGGUACCUUCCGGAAUGAUUACAACCUGACCGGUCGUGUGCUUCCGAGCUAUAUGUACGUCCCUCCAAGACAGCGUCCGACCAAAGACUCGAAUCCUCGAGACACACAUGCUCCUCGUAAGGACGAGAUUGAAAAAGUGUUCGACUCUGUACCGAGUACUGAGGUUUGCUCGCCACCUCCAAAGAGCCUGAGGCUGUGUACCCGACUGAAACAGCACCAACUCGAAGGCCUGUCUAUGAUGAUGGAAAAGGAGAAAGGAAUCCUUCAAGGAUGUCAGUUUGGUAGCCUUUGGAACGUUCAUCAUCAACAUGACGGCCGAGUGAGCUACAGAAACAACAUCACCAAGCACACUACAGAUACCAAACCACCCCUUUGCUUAGGGGGUCUGUUGGCAGAUGACAUGGGUUUAGGCAAAACAUUGACAACAUUGGCGCUUAUAGCAACCUCCCUUGAUCAGUAUGAUAAAGGCCAGUCGACAUUGGUCGUAACCCAACUGUCACUACUUUCGACCUGGGAGACCGAGAUCAAAAGACACCUAAACCCGGGAACCAUCAAGUGGCAUGUACAUCAUGGCGCGAAGCGAAAACCCGUCUCAAAUCUCAAAGACUACGACAUUGUUCUGACAACCUACGAGACUAUGAGAUCGGAGCAAUUGCAAGGGCAAACUGCUCAAAGGGGAAGUGUGCUUCAUGACAUGGAGUGGCACAGAAUUGUUCUUGAUGAAGUGUAUCCAUUCGAUACUACGUCAAUCUUUGAUGAAUACAUCCUGUCCCCGUUGAAAGAAGGUAAGAAGCAAGGAAUGGACAACCUACGAGCCUUAGCACGGUCAAUUUCCAUGCGACGUACAAAGGCAAUGGUCCAAGGGGAGUUGCAGCUAGGUCGUCGACAGGACAUACUCCACCAAGUGGAGCUUACGCAGGAAGAACGAAGAGGGUAUGAAAUACUCAAAAAGAAGUUCUCGACAAUUUUCUACGCGUUCUCUUCAACCUCAGGCAGUAAUACAAAGUCUACGUGUGCCUUCCAAACAAUUCUGAGACUACGCCAUUUCUGCAACCACGGACUCGGUCUGUUACCGCCUCAAAUGGUGGAAAUAUUCCGUGAUCACGUCGAGGAUAAUCUAAGGCUCACAAGCACCUUGAUUGGGGGGUCAGGAACGUGUGAUAAUUGUCAAGCUCCGAUGGGAAAGCAGGUCGAGAGAGACCCAAGUGAUAUACCUUAUCGUGAGGAUCGCCUUUGUUCCAAGUGCUUAUCUUCAAAACAGGGAGAAGGUCGUCUCGAGCUACCAGACAGCAUGGAGGAUGUCAUUCAUGAAGGGGGCUCAGUUCCCGAUAAUGGGCCAGAGCAACCAGAAAACAUGGACUACGAAGUCUGUGCAAACGACGUAAUCAUGGGCGAUAGGCCAUCAUCCAAGGUGCGAGCCUUGCUUGAGAAUUUGAGGCGCGACCAUGAAACAGGACAGAAAAGCGUCAUAUUUUCAUCCUGGAAGCAAAUGCUGGAUUUGGUAGCGCAGGCAUUGAAGAACAACCAUUUCAAAUAUGAACAAAUCGACGGGACAAUCAAGCCAGCUCAGCGAAAUAAAUCCAUCGAGAUACUUCGUGAUAGUGCUGAGUCCUGCAUCCUUCUUGCGUCUGUCGGGUGCUGUGGUGUAGGGAUCGAUCUGACAUUUGCGUCUCGCGUUCAUCUAAUGGAGCUCUUGUGGAGUCCAAUGGAGGAGGAACAAGCCAUUGAUCGUGUUCACAGAAUGGGUCAAGAACGUGGUGUGAUUGUCACGCGCUACAUCGUUCGAAACUCUAUAGAAGAAUAUAUUGUUAGGAUGCAAUUGCAUAAAUCAUCAGUCAUCAGGCAGGCCAUUGACGGGAGUGCGUCUGGGGAAGUUGUCUCUAUGACAGGGGUUUUGAGCCAGUUUUUGGAAGAUACGACAAGUGCAUGAGGCUUUUAUUUUCUUCAUUAUGAGGUUGAACCUCGGUCCCAUUUCAUGAUAUCUAGAUAGGCUUCGGAUUCAGGAUCCAGGAC